GCCUCUCUCUCUGUGUCUAUGGGAGGAGGUAUAAAAUGCAAUUUUCAGUCGUCGUCCUCCUCCUUUUCGUCUGAACCAGCCCGGAGGAGCUCGACGAGAUCCUUAAGACAAGAUGACAACUCCGCCAGUUAAAACCGGUUUGUUCGUUGGGUUGAACAAAGGACAUGUUGUCACCAGACGCGAAUUAGCUCCUCGUCCUCGUUCUCGCAAAGGAAAAACAAGCAAGAGGACACUCUUUAUCAGGUCAUUGAUAAGGGAAGUUGCUGGUUUUGCUCCUUAUGAGAAGAGAAUCACUGAGCUUUUGAAGGUUGGUAAAGACAAACGUGCUCUUAAGGUUGCUAAGAGGAAGUUGGGAACCCACAAGAGAGCCAAGAGGAAGAGAGAGGAGAUGUCUAGUGUUCUCCGCAAGUCGAGGUCUGCUGGUGGUGGUGUAAGUGAGAAGAAGAAGUGAGCAUCAUCAUCAAGUCUGUGGAAUUUUGGCUUCUUAUUGCAAUAUCAUAAUAUGAUUCUUCAGCUUAUCGUUUUAUGUUUUGUUAGAAUUUUGGAUUUGAAGAGAGUUUUUCACCCAAGAUCAAGACCAGUGAUUGUGCGUUUUAACUAGUUGCUUCUUUUGAUCAAUUACGUUUCUUCUUACUCAUCUUUUGAAGAACUAAAAAAACAUAGGUUGCCUUGUGUUA